AUGGCCUCGCGCAAUAUCAACAUGACGCACACGGCGAGGCCGUCCAUGUCGUCCAGCUCGGGCAACGCGAUGAAGACGCGGCAGCUGCUCGCCCAGCUGUCGGCCAACCUCGCCGACACCGAGAACCUGGUUCGUAUGACGAGCGUGCAGGCCGAGAGUAUGCGGGGCUUGGGAGCGUGGCACGGCGGGAUGUUCAUGGCUGCGAGUAAGGUCCUUGGGGAGGAGGCUAUUAACCGUGACGCGGCGGCGCAGGCCAGAGGGGGACAGUAG